AUGUCGUCUUCCUCUCAAUACUUAGAGGGGAAGAAUAAUCAUCAAGAAGAUGGAAACACCCUUCUACGUUACCAAGCUCACGUUCAACCACCUCCGGGCGACGACCACCUGCAAGCACUCCGCGGUACGAGGCUGCCGGCCACUUUCGACAGAACAUGGAUGUCGGCAUGCGUGAUUCAUGGCAUCCGUCACAACGAGGCGUUUGCCAUGUCAGAGCCAGUCCGCAAGCUCUGCUUGGAUUCAGAUGAUAGGUCGUUCGCCCGUGCCCGCAACGCCCGACUGAUCAUGAGUAACAUCAUCCCGGACAUGACGUCCGAUGAUGAGAAGCCUUAUUGUAUUUGGUACUUAGACAUUGCUAGCGAGGAUACCUACCGAGCAUUGUCGACGCACUACCCCGAUUUGCGAUAUCUUGUUGGGCGGGCCUGUGCAGUCGCCGGGUACGACGAUCUAUACAGCGAGCUUGGUCUUCUCCCCGAAGUCUCUGUUGCCGAGGAAGCUAGGGACAACAUCUCGAAAAAAGGAUCCAAGAUCAUAUUUGACAAUAUCAUGCGCCAACCUGUCUGUUACGCCAUUCUCAGCGACUACACCCGUUCAAGCAACUCAAACAACCCGUUGUCACCCGCCUUCAUGAACGGCGACACGGCAGUCCGGUCCUCCUUGGAUGUUCGAGUUGGGCUAAAAGAUUACAAGGACUGGGGAAAACAUUACUUCAACAUCACUGAGGACUUCAAUAUUGAUGAGUCUUCAUCAAAGACAACCAACGUUGAGGAACUGGCUCCCGAGAACAUCGCGCUCUUUUACACCCCCAUUGUCUCGCACUUACCGACUGCCAAUAAGGACGCCUUGAUCCUCAUGGCUGCAUAUGAGGGCAACAUAGAGCGCUAUGUACGCCUCCGCCGGCCGAGGAUGCUUCACGACGAACAAGCGGCCGUCAUCCGCGGCAUCUACCACAACACCACCUUUGCCAAGUGGUGGUCUCUCCAGAAAAUAGACUAUGGCGACUAUGCGAUCAAGACAGCCAUCCUCGCCCGAUUCAUCAUGGUCAACGAUUUGUCACAUAUCGCACCCUACAACUCGCCUGAAGCCGCUAUGCCACAUCUGAUAUGGUGGCCAUUGCUCCCUGCCGAGGUGACAUUGAAAGAACUGGUCCGCCGUCGGCCUGAUAUGCAUUUGCAAGUCGCUAUGACAUGCAUCGCGGGCGACUACAGAGACCUCUGGGACGAACUUGCGCCAAAGCCAUGCUCAGAGCUCCCGAACCAGGCAACACAGAAGGAGGAACGAAGUCCAAGGUUUCCGCAAAGCCCGAGAUACCCAGACAGCCCCAACCGAAACUAUUACGUUGAAUACCUCGAGACGAGAGCCAGGGAUCUGGGUAUGAAGCCCAUCGAUCUACCGCGGACAUGUUCUGAGUGCGAGGAUGCGGCCGUCCGCGAUAAAGAGCCUACGACAACCUUUCUUGACCCUUGGAUAAUUGCUUGUAGGUACGCGAUCGUGGACUCUAAUCCUGACGAGUGCUACUACUGGGGCGUGGGGGGACAGCCCAAUGCCACCAGUUGGGAGCUGUGUAUUUGCGCGAGUGAAGAGAUGAGGCAGGAGGCAAGAGAUGAGGAGGGUCUAGUAUUGUAUCAAUAG